AUGGCAGUCUCCUCCAGUUGCGUGGCCAUUCCUUUGCAGCCAUGCUUGAAGGCAUUCCUUGCAUCUGAGUGCAAUUCGCAGCUUGAGGUGGCUGCCCUUGGAACGAAGUUAGCCUUGCACGGCAUCGGCAGUUUGCGGGUCUUUGCCUUUGGGUUUGCCCGAGAAGAAGUCGUUGCUAUUGACAUCACUCUCGGCUGCCUGCAUGACAUUGCGGAAGCACGCCUGUCCCGAGAUGCUGCCCGUGCUGGGCACUUGCUGGCAGAAAGCCCUGGCGCCUUGCAGCUUCAGGUGGCACGAAAGCAGUGCGGUGAAACGCCGCUGCCACAGCCGCUAGUGGCGCAAGCUGUGCCGGCAACAGUGCAAUCCCUUCCCGCGCGGACUCCGCUGAUCUUGGAUGGCAACAAGAGAGAUUGCGUGAGGGCGACAGAUAGUGCCGCAAGACUAGUCAGCAUUUUCCUUCAGGUGAACCAAGCUUCGACCCUGUGGCCCACUUAUCGAGCCUUACCUUCGCACCAGCUGCAAAACCAGUGGCUGUCAGCUUUGCAAGGGCACCUGGCAGACUUCGAUUACAGGGGCCUUCAGCAAGUGUGCAGCGCCUGGGAGAAAUGGUGCAAAUGGUGCAGCGCACACGGCUCAUCGAUGGCAGCCCCAAAUUCGAUCGAAAUGAGCGCCUUUGUCCGUGAAACUGCAAAGACUAGGGCUGGAGCGGUUGCUUUGCGAAGCAGAUUGCGCUUCCUUGAGAACCACUUGGGGCUGAAACUUUGCGUGACAGACGUGGCCGUGCAGCGGGUUUUGCACGACCAAGCUGCGCCUCCCAAGGAGAUUGUGGUUCUUACCCCAAGGGAUGUCCUUGCAAUCUGGUGCUGGGCAAACUCCAAGAACAAGUUGGUUGCCUUUUUCGCCAAGUUCUGCUUGAUCAUGGCUCUCGGCAGCGUCAGAUUUCGACACGCGCAACGCUCUGUCUUUGUUGAAAUGACAGAGCAGGGCGCUGUCUUUGAAGCUCGUCGAGGAAAGACCCGCCAAGGAGGCUUCGCAGCCCCUCCGUUCCAAUGGUAUGUUGCCAAGUUCAAUUUUUGCUUGAAGAAGGUGGAUAUUCUUGCUACCUUCAUCAAAGACUGGCAAGCUGUGGCAGGCUCUUGUUCGUACCUCAUGCCUGGCAUCAAAGGAACUACAGUGUUUCAGGCCACAGAGUGGCUAGGCAGAGACAUGACCGCAGGGCAAUUUUGCACCUUCCUCAACGACCUUGUCAGCAACUCCCCAGUGAAGAGUUGGCCAGCCAGGCAGGGCGCUUCUGUGGGAGCGCGCGCGUGCCGGCGGGUCAUGCCAACUGUGGCUCAUGCCACACGUAUGGAGUUACCCGAGCGGUAUGCUCUGGGCAAUUGGACGGCGCCUGAAGGAGCCGGACGUGGCGGCGACGCUGUCAUGCCUUUGCGCUAUGCUGCCAACAAGUUCGAAGCAGAGUUGAAAGGUGAAGGCAUCCCAGAUGACCUCAUCGCAUGGAUGGCAACGCAUUGCAAGACCCCAGCGCGCUUUGCUUUCUAUGUGGAUUCCAAGGAAGAGAUUCAGACCCUCAUAGUGGACCAGGUCGCCUCGACCCGGAACAACAGAACAGUCAGAGCAGCCCUGGUGGAACUGUGGCGGAAGCACUCAGCUGCCCAAGAGCGCAGACUGAGUCGAGCUGCUGCAGGAAUAGGCGACCAAGACUGGGAAGGCCCGCUUGAAGGCUUUGUGCGGGACCGACUGUACGCCGCUUUCGCUGCGUACUACCACUUCAGGCUCCGACCCACUGCCUCACUGUGCGACAACUUGUUGGCGCGAUUUAAGCGUGAGCUGGAUCGCAAACAGUUCACGGUGGUCUCCAUGUCUCGGGUCCGGUCUCAGGCCUGCGCCGGACUGCAUCGGGCAAAGCGGUUGAAGGUGUCUGACACGGUGUCUAUGGACAUUGCUGCAGCAGAUGACGACUCCUCCGACUUGCACGGCGUGUUCGACUACAUCGAUCGUCUCCAACUUGUGAUGACAGGGUGGGCAGUGGUCGGCUGCUUUGAAGUCCGGGAUGGCAGCGGUUCUCUCCGCGCCGCUCGCUGGCUGCCCUGGGACUUGGCUUGCGAGUAUGUGGACAGGGCUAAGCGCAAGCUUCUCCUGCCUGGUGGGAAAAUGGUUGACUUGGCAACUCUCCAGAAAGCGGACGAAUCCACCCGCGAGAUGUGGGUUGACCUCAUGCGGAACAAUGACCUCACAAUGGGCCAGGCCGUUGAGAAGUGCUUUGUGGACGCGUCCCCCUUCUGGCUUUUUGCGGGCGCGGAAGUGGCGCCGGCAGUUGCAGCCAGGAGCGGGGCUAGCCAGACAGCAGAAAGAGGUCGGCAGGGGUCUAACGAAGUCAUUCUGGUCAAGGACAAGGACAAACGGCAGGCGCGACCAGCCAGGAUCGCCGACCAGACCUCGCGCGGCAAGUCGAUCUGCGCCUUGUGGAAUGAGGGAAAAUGCCAGGCCAAGUGUCCAGACAACAAGUUGCACGUGUGCAACUUUUUGUUGCAGAAUGGACACGUGUGCGCGGCCGCUGCCCAUAGGCGCAGCGAGGUGAGUUCCAGCCAAGCCGCUUGCAGCAGUCUGCCUCCCACCGUUACCCUGAAGGGCGGUUUGAAGCAUUCACAUGCCCCGGCGGGCAUGGGGGCCAAGGUAACGAGCACGCAAGACUGGGAGCCGUUGCUUGCAGAGCACCGCGAAGUGCUUCUAGGUUACAACAGCGGGCACACGCACGUGGGCUCUUUGAAAGGAGACGCGAAGGCACGGCACCCGUUGCACGUGUAUUGGCAUGAGUCUCUGAGGAGCGGCGCAGGCUUCGACCCUGCGCCGGAUCUGUCCGAGCAUGAUCUCCGUGGUUUGGGUGCCUUGGCGGCGGGGCAGCAAAGAGGUGGGGAAGCUCAUAAGCACGGGUUGCCACGCCUCAUUCCGUGGGGUUUCUCGGCAGAGGAGCACUUGUCGCAGGCUUUGAAGCACGUCAGGGCCCAUGGUCACCCAUUUGCCACGUCACCUGUCUUGGCCCGUGACACUCGUGUGGCCGUUGAGUACGCAUGCCAAUGGGGUGCGGAUCUGGCGCAGUGGAGACGCGAUGUGUUGAAGCAAGUGACACGGGUGGCCAAGUCGUUGGAGCCUCUUUCCAGAGAACUGCGCAAGCUUAUGUCUGCUCGCGUGCAGCGCGUUGCGGGGGGCUUUAACCUGGGUUUCUUGUUGUGGCUGCAGUGCGUUCUGGCAUGGCCAGAUGUCACUUUCACUUGGCGGAUAAUUGUAGGUUUUGAUAUUGUCGGAGACGUGGAAGUAAGCAACGUCCUCCGACCUACAGAGCCUUCCCAGCCUGCCCAACCUUUGGAAGAGCUGUUGCGCUCCAGCAAGACGUACGUUGACAGCCUGUGCGCCUCCUUGCGUCCGCACCAGUCUCCAGACAUGGACAAAGAGCUUUUGCGACUCACGCAAAAAGAUAUUGACAAGGGUGCAGGGGAAGGUCUGUUCCUCCGAUCCGACAUGGAUGCCAGGUUCGGGGCGGGCGCGUGGCGUCCCCUCCCACGGCAUGUCAUUCAGCAAGAGCACAACAACAAAUGUCGCGCCAUCGACAAUGGCAAAGCAUCGGGCCACAACGAUGCUACCAUCACCAGGGAGCGCGUGCACACUACAUCGCUUGAGUUCUUUGCGUCAGCAAGCAAAGCCUUUCUGUCUCACAAGCAGUGGCUGCAGCAGGAGGCUACUCGUGCAGGCGUAAGUUUGGUGCUGGAAAUUGGAGUUGAUGACGAAGAGGACGCAUAUCGCAAGUAUGCCACCUCCGACCGACAGCAGCACUGGUCAGUCGUCGCCUUGUAUCAUCAUGUUUGGCGUACCGUUGCCUUUAUGCCGCUGGUUGGGCAUGCCUUUGGCUUGAAAUCCAGCGUCAAUAACUACAAUCGUGCGCCGGGGUUGUUAGUGGCUGCGUUGACAAGGUUGCUUGCUGUGUGCGUAACGCAUUACUAUGAUGAUUUUGCUGUCAUGGACACAUGCUUGGGAAAGGGCACGGCGCGUGUUGCGCUCUUGCAACUCGCCGACUUGUGCGGAGUCACCUUUGGCCAAUACAAGGGGCAACCGAUGUGCCCACGGGCCACGUACAUUGGGUGCUCAGUGGAUGUGAGUCGAGUGUUCAGCCACGGCUUGCUUAAGUUGGACUGCAAGGAAGGCAGGCGAGAGAAGCUAUUGGCCAUGACUGCUGCUGUGGAGCGCCAGGGCUACUUGGACCCGGCCGUGGCCGGAAAACUUAGGGCAAAAGCUCAUUAUGCUGGGUCUACGUUGACCGGCCGGUGCCUCCGGGGUUGCGAGAACGCGUUAGCAGCAGUCCAGCAUGGAAUCGUGGAAAACAAGACGGUGAAGUACACCGUGGACUGCCAGCAGCCAGCGGACGACAACAUCAUCGAAGCCAAGGACUUCGAGAAGUUCCUCACGAACCGCAUCAAGGUGGAUGGCAAGACGGGGAACCUGGGCGACAAGAUUACGGUGGCCCGGGAGAAGUCCAAAGUCCACGUGACCGCGGAGGCGCCCUUCUCCAAGCGGUACUUGAAGUACCUGGGCAAGAAGUACUUGAAGUCCCAACAGCUCCGGGACUUCUUGCGCAUCGUGGCUCCCACGAAGACCUCCUACGAGAUGCGCUACUUCAACAUCAACGACGAGAAGGAUGAGGACGACAGCUAG